UCCUAGAAACAGGAACGAUUUCUCAUAAGAUAAGAACGAUUUCUUACGAGCACAUGUCUUAAUUACAAAACCUACUUUUUAAUCAUAGCAAACCGCAAUCAUCUGAGUUAAAAUAUAUAGAUUAGUUCAUAGUAUAGUUUAUUAUACUCAAAUUAAGUAUAGUUUUAUUUAUUUAAUGAAGAAAAUGGACCUUCAAAAAACCUACCCAAAUAGAAGACGUAAAAGUUCACCAUCAGUUCAAGAAAAGUUCUAUGAUAUUAGUUAUAAAGAAGAGGAUUUUCAAAAGAUUUUCAUAGAUAAUGUAAUUGGAUACGGAGUAUUUACAAAAAAAGAAUUCAAAGCUGGCGAUGCUUUACUUGAAUAUAAAGGUGAAACUAUUUCAAGAAAUGAAGCUAAACUACGCAGCCAAAAAUAUGCUAUGCAAAAUAAAGGAUGUUUUAUUUUUGAUCUUUAUUUGAAUAAUAAAAAAAUGAGCAUUGAUGCUACUGACUCACAAUGUUUGGGACGUUACAUUAAUGAUGCUCCUGAAAAAUUUUCAAAUUGUAUGCCAAAGACAUGCAUCAUAGAUGGAAAAGAAUGUCUCAUGUUAUUUGCUAAAAAGUAUAUUCCGAAAGAUACAGAGCUACGUUAUAAUUAUGGAGAUGGCUCUAAUCAAUGUUGGCGAAAAAAUAAAAAAUAUUUGCAACCUUUCACGAUUGAUGAUAUUAAAGCAUAUUUACAUGGAAAGGAUUUGCAAAGAAAAGUUUUUAUCACUCCAUCAAUGGUAUUUGCUUCACAAGGGUGUGAAUUUAAAAAGGUGUCGAAAAAAAAAGAGUUUUCAUCAAGCCUAACAUCUAGUAAUGAAUGCAAAGAAACUUUUAAAGACUUUAAUGCAAGUUCUGCUGCUUCACAAGUUGUUAGCUCUGAGGCUCAUAUUUUAAACUUAACAUCUAGUAAUGAAAUCCAAGAAACUUUUGUAGAUUUGGUUGCAGGUCCCGCUUUACAAGUUAUUAGCUCUGAUGCUCAAAUUUUAAAUUUAACAUCUAGUAAUGAAAUCCAAGAAACUUUUGUAGAUUUGGUUGCAGGUCCCGCUUUACAAGUUAUUAGCUCUGAUGCUCAAAUUUUAAACUUAACAUCUUGUGAUGAAUUCCAAGAAACUUUUGUAGAUUUUAUUGCAAGUCCUGCUGCUUUACAAGUUAUUAGCUCUGAAGCUCAAAUUUUAAAUUUAAUAUCUAGUAAUGAAUUCCAAGAAACUUUUGGAGAUUUGGUUGCAAGUCCCGCAUUACAAGUUAUUAGCUCUGAGGCUCAACUUUUAAACUUAACAUCUUGUGAUGAAUUCCAAGAAACUUUUGUAGAUUUUAUUGCAAGUCCUACUGCUUUACAAGUUAUUAGCUCUGAAGCUCAAAUUUUAAAUUUAACAUCUAGUAAUGAAUUCCAAGAAACUUUUGGAGAUUUGGUUGCAAGUCCAACUCAAAUUUUAAACUUAACAUCUAGUGUAGAAAGUAGUUUUCAAAAAUUUGUAACAAUUCCUGAAGUGUCAAAAAAAAAUUCCAAAGCUUCAGUUUUGAAUUUAGAUUAA